AUGUCAAACAACGACAUGGACAACUCGCCGGUCCCCGAGGACAAGAUGGAAGGCUCAAAGAAGAUCAGCUUCCGCUUCUGUCGCGAGUGCUCGAACAUGCUCUACCCAAAGGAGGACCGCAUCAACAGCACCCUCAUGUUCGCUUGCCGCACCUGCCAGUUCAGCGAGCCCGCAACCGCAUCUUGCAUUUGGCGCAACGCCUUGAAGGACGACAUCAAAGAGACCGAAGGCGAGAUUGAUGAUGUCGCUCAGGAUCCUACGGUGGGUGACUCUUCCGAUACAGCGAUGGAGGAUGUAGAGAAUAUCGAAGGCGAAGACGUCGUGCCGGAGAUGUGCACCCUCUGCGGACAGGAGAUUCUGUGCCCGAUCUGCGAAAAGCCCACCGACGGCAUGCUCGCCCUCGAGGUCGACGAUCCUGCUGAGAAGAAUCAGGAGAAGAAGGAGGACUUGGUCGACGCCGAGAAGAGGGAGCGCGCAUUCUCCCACACGCCGACAUCGAGUGCGCAAAGUGCCAGACGCGCGACGCCGUCUUCUUCCAGAGUCAACAGCGCACUGCUGAAACUGGAAUGCAACUCUUCUACGUCUGCUGCGGAUGCUCGAAUGUCUGGUCGACGGCUACUGGACGAUAGAAUGGUUCAGGAAAAAGCUUAG